AUGUCUGCGCAACAACAACCGGCAGCGAUCGCCAGAGGCAAGCAUGCGAUCCUUUUGGGGGCAACGGGCGCCGUGGGGUCCUCACUCCUCUCUGCACUACUCGCAUCGGGCGCCUACGGCCAGAUCCACGCCUUUGUUCGAAAGCCCUUCAAGGAGCGAAAGGGCCUGGCCUCGGACGAGCGCGUAGUUGAGCACAUUGUCGACUUCGACAAACUCGUUGGCGACAAGCCCGACGUGGCGGAAUCGGAAAAGUUCAGGGAUGUGCAGGCCGAUGUCGUCUACAUUGCUCUGGGCACUACGCGAGCGCAGGCUGGUUCGGCUGCUGCAUUUGAAAAGAUCGACCGAGAGUACGUCGUCGGUGCGGCACGAGCCUCUCUUGUAGGAUCCACCGGGGGAAAAGGUCAGGAUGAGGCGCACCAGCGUGUCGUCUACUGCUCGACGGCGGGCGCAAGCAGUUCCUCCCCGUUCCUGUACCCCAAGUCAAAGGGCCUGACCGAGGAUGCUUUGUCAAAGCUGGGCUAUGCGCAGACAUUCAUCUUUCGACCUGGCUUUCUCAAGAAUGCCAUUCGCGAGAAGCCACGCCGAAUCGAAGCUCUCUUUGGCUGGUUCACCUCCAAUGUCCUAUCCAAGAUUUCCGAUGGCGCAGAGAUCGGCGUCUCUCCCCUCGCAAAGGCCAUGGUGUGGGCCGGCACAAAUGGUGUCGAAGGGCUCGACAGCAAGAAGAUCGGGACAAGGAUUCAGGGGGAGGGCAAGAAGGGGACGGCAGUCUUGAUCGGGAACGCAGAGGCGGCCAAGAUCGCAGGAGAUGCGGAGCUGCUUCAGUAG